AUAUAUUGCCAAAGACGAUGGAAGCAUCUAUACACCGCCUAUAUAAGUCAGACUGAGCACAUCAACAUUCAGUACAGUUGACUUCUACCUCUUUUGGAAGUAAAGCUGUGUUAGCUUUGCUCCCCUUUCACAUACACAAACAAGUACACAACAUGAAGAUUUUUAUGAUCUGCAUCGCUUUUAUGGCUGCUUUAGUAGCAGCUGCUGAUGACGCACCAGUUCAGCGGCGUCGUGUUCAACCGGCAACGACGGACGAAGCGCCCGUGUACCGUCGUCGCGUCCAGCCUGCAGCUGACGAGGCACCCAUCAUCCGCCAUCGUGCCCAGUCUGCCCGUUAUGCCCCUAAAACAUACGACGAGCCUAAGGAUUACCCUAAACCCGAACCAUCUUACCCCGCUAAGCCAGCUGCUGCUCAUUACGAAGAACCAGCAGAGUACAAACCUCCAGCUUACGUUGCGUCUAAACAGCAAGAACCGGACUACACCCAACCUGAACCUGCCUAUCCAGCUAAGCCUGUGUAUCGGCCUCGUCAGCCUGCUUAUCCUAAAGAGCAAACUGAGCCAGAGUAUCCCCGUCCGGCAAUUAGGAAGCCCGCCUACAAGGCUGCUGAACCUGCUCCAUACAAUGCUGACCAGGAACAGGAGGAAACGGAGGUAACAAGAGAGCCGUACAAUUUUGGGUACGCCAUCAAGGACGAAUACGAUGAUUACGGUCGUCAUGAGGAAAGCGAUGGCAAGGUGGUCACUGGAUCUUAUCACGUCGUUUUGCCCGAUGGUCGUAAGCAGACUGUUAAGUACAGGGCUGAUCCCGAAACAGGAUUCACCGCUGAUGUCACUUAUGAGGGCGAAGCCAUUUAUCCCGAGUACAUUGAACCAACUCAAUCACCGUACAAGGCUACCCCUGCCUACCAAGCUGAACCUGCCUACCCUAGACCAUCUUACCCAAAGAAGCCUGAUUAUCCCAGUAGACAAUCGUAUCCUAAAGAGCUAGCUUAUCCCGAGCCAGCUGCUCCAGCUAAGCCAGUUUAUCGCGAGCCUGCUGCUCCAGUUAAACCAGUUUAUCGUGAGCCUGCUACCCCAGCUAAACCCGUUUAUCGUGAGCCAGCUGCCCCAGCUAAACCCGUUUAUCGUGAGCCAGCUGCCCCGUCAAAGACUGCCUACCGUGAGCCAGUCUAUCCCGAGAGAGAAGCUCCAACUAAGCCUGAUUAUCGCGAGCCAACCUACCCCGAGCCAACUGCUCCACCUAAACCCGUUUAUCGCGAGGCAGCUUAUCCCGAACCCACUUACCCAGAGCCUACUUACAAGAGACCAUCGUAUCCUAAACCCGAAUAUCCGAGACCAUCUCAUUCCGGAAGACCAGUUUACCCAAACAGGCCAACUUAUUCCGAGCCAGCUCCAUCAAAGCCAGCCUAUCGCGAACCAGUUUACAAAACCGAACCGAAACCGGAACGAAAACCUGAACCUACUCCAGAGGUAACUACCCAGGAAUACAAACCUACCACAACUACCCCUGCUCCUACUACAACAACAACCACCACACCAGCUCCUACUACUACCACUACUGAAGCUCCUUACACCGAGACAACAUAUCCUGAACCUUCCUACCCUGAAGAAGCCUACCCUACUCGACCACCUUAUCCAGCAGAGCCAACUUACUCCAGACCACCUUACCCGAAGCUUGAAUAUCCCAGCAGACCGUCUUAUCCAGAACCACCAGCCUACACCAGACCUUCCUACCCCGAGCCAGCUUACCCAUCCAGACCCACCUAUCCUUAUCCAGGUGAAGAUCGUCCAGAGCCUUCCUUCCCAGUAUACAGACCCGUUUACCAUCGUCCUGAGCAAGACUCUGCCCCAGAGUACAGGCCCCCUCAACAAUAUACGCCAGUAUGAAUAAUUUAACUCAAAAGUCCAUAAUAAUAAGCCGUCAAUAUGCAUCCUACUAAAAACAGAUAAAAUCAUCUAUAUAUUAUAAUAAGAGACGAUGAGUCGAUCCUUCAUUGUAGUGUGUAAGAAAAAUAUGUGCUUCCUCAUUUUGUAUUCGUGUGAUGCCUUACGAUAUUGAACCAAUAAAAAUGUAUAUCUCCCAAAACCAAAA